GAGUGUCAGCUGGCGGCAUGGCGCUCUUUCACGUGGCGCGGUACCCAGGCCCCGAGGGCGCCGGGGCGGAGGCGGGGACCGAGGCGGGCGCGGCGGCGCGGGCCCGCGCGCUGCUGGAGCGGCUGCAGUGCCGGGCUCGGGAGCGGCAGCAGGAGCGGCGACAGGAGCCCGCGCAGAGCUCGGAGCCCGUGGGGCGGCGGCGGCGGCGGCGGCCACGUCGGUCGCGGGGGGGCGCGGGCGGCGGGACCCCGGGGAGCCCGCCGCCGCCGCCCAGCGAGCGGCAGGAGGAGGACGGCGGGGCCGCACCGCCCCCCGCUCUCGGUCCGCUGCUCGGGGGCCGCCCGAGGACCAAGACUCCCAAGGUGCAGCCGUUCCUGCCGGCGUGGCUGGCAGAGCCCAGGUGCGUGGGGAAGAACGUCACGGAGCAUCUAGUGCCUCUGGAGGCCCUUCCUGAGGUCCAUCCCGAGCUGCAGCGGAAGCUUCGUGCGCACGGCAUCUCGGCCUACUUCCCAGUUCAGGCAGCCGUGAUCCCCGCCCUUCUGCACAGCGCGGCCAACGGUUUUCUGGUGGGCAGAGGCGGUUUCCAGCCCAGCGACCUGUGUGUGUCGGCGCCCACGGGCAGCGGGAAGACGCUGGCGUUUGUCAUUCCGGUGGUGCAGGCGCUACUUAGCCGGGUUAUAUGUCGGGUUCGGGCCCUGGUGGUGCUACCGACCAAGGAACUGGCACAGCAGGUGAGCAAAGUCUUCAAAAUCUACACAGAUGCCACCCCACUGCGGGUCGCCCUGGUCACUGGCCAGAAGGCGCUGGCCAAGGAGCAGGAGAGCUUGGUCCAGAAAACGGUGGAUGGCUUCCGCUGCCUGGCUGAUAUUGUGGUGGCCACCCCCGGCCGCCUGGUGGACCACAUUGACCAGACCCCAGGUUUCAGCCUUCAGCACCUCCGGUUCCUGGUCAUCGAUGAAGCAGACCGGAUGAUGGACAGUAUGCACCAGUCCUGGCUGCCCCGGGUGGUGGCAGCAGCCUUCCCGAGUGGGGGCUCCGAGGACACAUUGGGUCUGCUCCAGCGCAGGCAGCCCCAGGCCGUGACUGCCGCCAGCACCUGCCAACCUCAUAUGCCGCUGCAGAAGCUGCUCUUCUCAGCCACUCUAACCCAGAACCCUGAGAAGCUGCAGCAGCUCGGCCUCUACCAGCCUCGGCUCUUCUCUGCGGGGCUGGCACCCAGUGGUCCCGAAGACCUCGAUGUGGAUGGGGACUGUGGGGGCAAGUAUGCCUUCCCCGCUGGCCUGACGCACCAUUAUGUACCCUGCAGGCUGCGCACCAAGCCGCUGACCCUGCUGGCCAUGCUUCAGGGCCAGAACCUCUCUAGGGUGCUCUGCUUCACGAACUCUCGUGAGAACUCGCACAGGCUCUUCCUGCUUGUCCAAGCCUUUGGGGGAGUAACGGUGGCCGAGUUCUCCUCUCGCUAUGGGCCCGGCCAGAGGAGAGCCAUCCUGAAGCAGUUUGAGCAGGGCAAGAUCCAGCUACUCAUCAGCACAGAUGCCACGGCUCGAGGUAUCGACGUGGAGGGGGUGCAGAUGGUGGUCAACUAUGACGCCCCUCAGUACCUGCGGACCUAUGUGCAUCGGGUGGGGAGAACAGCCCGCGCUGGCAGAAAGGGUCAGGCGUUCACACUGCUGCUCCGAGUGCAGGAGAGAAGGUUCCUCCGGAUGUUGGCUGAGGCUGGAGUGCCUGAGCUGCAGCGGCAUGAGACUCCGGACGACGACAUGCAGUCCUUGGUCCCACAGUAUGAGGCGGCCCUGGUGCAGCUGGAGCAGGCUGUCAAGGAAGAGCGAGCCCAGAAGGCGGUGUAGGCAGGACUUCGGGGGCCAGCCGAGGGCCCUCUGCAUCCUGAAGCCUCCUCCUGCUGUCCUGCCCCCCCAAGCAACGUUGGCUGGUGUCUGAGCAGGCCGUGAGGGACUCGCCAGUGGAAAGGAGCUUGUCCCUAGCUCCGGGCCCCUCAGUCUCUCAUUGGGGUGGUCUUUCUAGAAAUGAGAUGAGUUAAAAUUGAACUGGCAACGAGGUGUCCUGCUUUGGCUACUACUUGGGGAUAACUUUAAGCUCAUCUGUGAAGUCAGCCUCCACACUCCAGAGGGUCUCAGUUCUCUGUCAUUUUCCUAGGCUGCACUGCUGUGAGGGGAUCUGAGGAUGGAAGUGGGAGCAGCCUUGAAGCAGGGCCUGGGCAUACCAUACUGAAUGUGCGUGUCCCUGGAGGUGGUGGAGCAGCGAGCGGGAAGAGGGACUGCUCCCCACCCCAGCAGGCCGUAAACUUGCCACUGCUGUUCUUGGGGUGGCAGAAAGGGGCGCAGUCCCCACACCUGCUAGUAGGGGCAGCAGCGUGGCUAUGGUCGCACAGGUGGAGUUGGUGCCAGGAAGCGGAGAUGGCAGACACAGGCAAGCAAGCCCUGGGGCAGCGCGUCCCUGGGAUCAGGGCGUCCAGGGCAGGUAGCUCCGUGGGGGCACAGCAUGAUGCUGCAGGAGCAGCCUUGAGGACCUUAAGUGCCAAGACAGUAAGACUACUUUGGCCUUAUGAGAUGUUUAAACUAGUCUCACGAGGAACAGUGUCCCGGGGCUAGAGGGGCUGUUGGGAAUGAGCAUGUAGGCUGGCAGGUGGCUUGGGUCACAGCCCUGACACUGGGUGUGAUUUCCCCCCCCCCAAAAAAAAAGAAAAAGAGAUGUUGGAAGAGCUUUUAAAUGGGCUUAGCAGACAACCUAGUUGAAUGGGUUAGGGCCAGAGUGCCAAGGGCUGAGCCCUGGUUAUGUGCCCCAGCAAUCUGUGGGCCCAAGAACAGAGCCAGGAGUAGCCCCAGCUCCACCAGUGUGGCUCCAAGAACAAGCAGGAUGCAUCUGGUGGGAUGGGGCACACCCUGGUUGAAGCAGCUCCAACCGGAAGUACUUAAACCCCAUGCUUACCCAGCCUGACUUUUUUUUUGUUUUGCUUUUUGGGUCAUACCCGGUGAUGCACAGGAGUUACUCCUGGUUCAUGCACUCAGGAAUUACCCCUGGCGGUUCUCAGGGGACCAUAUGGGAUGCUGGGAAUUGAACCUGGGUCGGCCACGUGCAAGGCAAACACCCUACCUGCUGUGCUAUUGCUCCAGCCCAGCCUGACAUUUUUUAAAAGACACAAAACACUGUCCAGGCAAUAGGUUUUUAAAACUUCGCUUGAGGCUGAAGCAUAUAGGCUUAAAGCGGUUGCCCUGCAUCCAGCAUGCCCUGGCUUGAUCCCCAACACUGCCAGGAAUGACUUCUGAGCACUUCCCAGUGUACCCCUAAAACCCAGCAAUUAAGCUGACACUGGCAUAAUUUCAGUAGGAGGAAAAACACGAGUUUCUUCAUAUACUGCUUGAUUAGUGGCCUUUUGGUUUGGGGCCACAACCAGUGAUCCCUCAUGAGGAUUCACAGGUGAGGCAUGGGUGACCCUGUAAAGUGCCAGGGAUUGACCUGAUUGGCUGCAUACAAGUGCCUGAAGUGCUGUACUUUUAACUCUAGCCCUGUUCUUUUUUUUUAAAUGGAGGAGUAUUGCUAUUUUUUCAGCCACUUAUUAGGCUGAUUGAAUUGAACUCUUACAAGUCUUCUGUAGCACGUUUCUUUUACAUGCUCAGCUUCUUUGGGUGGCUCACCUGGGUAACUUGAAAUACACAGUAUUUGCAACAUUUCAAUAAAAGUAAAUCUAAUCAUC